AUGACAUCACCUUCUCUCCACGCCGUGAUGGAAUCUCAGAAGAAACACGCCGAUGAAUUUUGGAAAUUAUUCCACAAAGCCAAGAUACAUUCGGAUGCACCAUCUGAGGAUGGUGAGGAUGAUGUAGUUAGUGUGUACACGGGCAGUGGAAUUUCAACGCCAAACAGACGCAGGGAUAGAAGUGAGGAGAGGAUCGGACCAGAGAGGGAUCCCAUGAAGAUAUUCACUCACGACAUAUCAACCAAUAUAUUCCGCAGAUUGAGUCAGCAAGAUUUGAAGCAGUGCCACAGGGUUUGCAAGAGGUGGCGUAGGUCACAAGUAAUCAACUAUAUCUGGUUCGAGAUUUACAGGCAGAGAUUCUUCGACGGCGAGAGCACGCAGAGCUUGCAAGGAAAGUGGACACGAAGGGAAAGUAGACAAGAUUGGAAGUUGAUGUACAAAUCAGCUAAUCGUAGGCCAUUCGAGAGCGCUGUCGUCGAACAGCUUGAACGGUCAAUCACGCCUUCUCAGAUACGCGAAGCGCAAUGGGACGCUGAAGCAAACAAACCACCACCAACGAAGAACGAGCAGAGGGAGGAGUAUAAGCUAUUAAAGGGACGAAAGCCACGGAGUAAAGGCGUUAGAGGUGAAAAUACUUCAAAAGGCGAAGACAGAGAACGUAGAGUGCUGCUUUUUGCAUGCAGAAAUUGUAAUUUUGAGGAGGCAGCGGUGGAAGCUAGAGUGUACAGGAAUGAUCUAAUGACGCAAUCUAAAGAGGAAGCAGGAGUCACGCAAGAUUUAGGUAAAGAUCCAACGCUACCACGCACUUCAAUUGAGUGUCCAAAAUGCACAACCAAUCAAGUUGUUUUCUUCCAAGAUCAAUCAAAGCGCACAGAGACGAGGAUGACCUUGUUUUUUAGGAGCUUCAGCGUUGAUCAACUUGCAGAUUUCAAUGGCAGAAACGGUAAAGAUAUCUACUUGGCUGUAAAUGGUCUAGUCUUUGAUGUCUCUAGCAACCCACGCAUUUAUGGUCCAGGUGGUAUGUAUCACGCCGCAGUGGCUAAAGACGCUGCCAGAGCUUUUGUCACAAACUGCUUCAAGGAUCAGCCUACCCAUGACUUGAGAGGCCUCACUGAGAAGGAAUUGUCUCAGGUUAAAGGCUGGCAAUCCUUCUUCGAUAAUCACCCCAAGUACAUGCUGGUCGGUGGUAUAUUCUCUUUAAUUACCCUAUCUGACGAUUCAACAGAUUGGCACGGUAGAUACCCCGGCCAUCGACCCAGAUGCGCCUAUCCCUGA